AUGGCGAUCACCAGUGAGACCGGAGCCCUGUCCCCGUCCAUCAGCGCACACAUUAUUAGCGCCGUCGCCAUCGUUCACAGCUGUCAGUCACAGACACGUGCGACCAGCGACGCUAACGGACCGGCGUCGUCUGGGACCAGUGUCUCAGGAUCAAAACUAAUGCUCAUUUUUAGAAAGGCAGCUGAGCCGUCCGCCCCAGGGCAGACGCGGCGGCUCACACCACAGCUGCUGCCCACUGCUUCACCUCACACUCUGGGUCAGCUCUGGCUGAUGCUGCAGCAGACGUCUGGGAGCGCCACAAUUGGCUCCGUCUCCAUCUUCUGCUGCGUCACACUCAACAUGGAGUGUUUUGUGAGCUCCUGGGACUAG